AUGCCCGGCAACGACUCAUAUAUAGAGCAAGAUGUUUUUAAACAAUCCCUGCCUUUGACAACAAUUUUCAUUAUUUUAUACACCAUUGUGUUUUUCACUGGAAUCGGUGGAAACUCGUUAGUCAUAUAUGUUGUCUUGCGAAAUAAGGCAAUGCAAUCCACAAUGAAUAUUUUUAUUACUAAUUUGGCUGUGUCAGAUAUUUUGAUUUGCUUGUUGCCUGUUCCGUUUACCCCUUUAUCAUAUUUUAUGCACUCGUGGAUUUUUGGAGAAUUUUUCUGCCACGUUGUGCCUAUGACGUUGUGUGUACUGGUUUACGUAUCAAUACUUACAUGUACAUCACUAGCAGUCGUCCGAUAUUAUGCCAUCGUCUAUCCUCUCAAACCAAGUAUGAAACCAGGUGUGUGUCUGAUGUAUAUCGUUUCUGUCUGGAUGAUAUCAGUAGCCUUGUCUCUUCCUCUUGGAAUUUUUCAUCAAAUAGAAGAAACUGAUAGUACAACGUCGUGUGUUGAAAAAUGGCCGAAUGAUGUAACGCCUCAGUUUUUCGUGCUAACAAGUCUCGUUUUGCAAUAUAUAGUGCCCUGUAGCAUAAUAACGUACUGCUAUUUCAACAUUUCAUUAGAAUUACAAAGAAGAUCCAAGUCACGAAUUGUAAACGAAAGUCUCAUCUCUGAACGUAUUAAGAGGGAAAUAGGUAGAAAUCGUCGAAUAAAUAAAUUGAUGAUAGCAGUGGUCGCUAUAUUUGUAUUAUGCUGGUUACCUUUAAACCUGGUUUUGUUAGCUGGAGAAUAUCACCCAAAAUUUUCAAACCAUCCAUAUUAUCCGGUUAUAUUUUUCACAGCGCAUGUGAUUGCCAUGAGUUCGGCAAUUUACAAUCCAUUCUUGUAUGCAUGGAAAUGCGAAAAUUUCAAAAAAGAAUUUAAACAUGUGCUUCAUUGUCUAUGUCGUUGA